UGUGUAUUGCUUGGGUAAAUAACAAUACUUAGCAAUAACAGUUCAGUGCUUGGAAGACUGGGCUUCUAUUUUUGUCUCUUAUUGUCUCUAUUUCGAAGUUAAUUUCUUCAUCAAUUUGCAUUUCGCUUUUUAGCAGUCUACUCCAAUUUCUUCCUAGCGAUCAGUCGUCGGUGAUGUCAAGCUCACAGCCGCCUCCGACGCCGUCGUCGUCUCUCAGCCAUGAUGUUGAGCGGAAGCUGAUCCUGCAAUCUCCUCCUCCAGCGGCGGCGCAGUCCUCAUCGUCCGUACAACAACCGAUCCAACCUACGCCGUCCGUACAGAAACCGGCUCAGCCGCCGUCGUCUACGAAGUCUCUCCGGCCGCCGGCGAGGCCCGGUUACGGAACUGUCGGCCGGUGCAUUGUUCGUGCGAAUCAUUUUCUCGUCGUUUUUGCUGAUAGUGAUCUCCACCACUAUGACGUGACGAUCACACCUGAAGUUACCUCAAAGAAAGUCUGCAGGGAAAUAGUGAAUGAGCUGAUUGCAUCAUAUCAGGAUUCUCACUUGGGCAAACGAUGUCCAGCUUAUGAUGGCAGGAAAAGUUUGUACACAGCAGGGCCGUUGCCUUUUGUCUCUCAGGACUUUGUCGUGAAGCUGGUUGAAAAAGAGACUACCUCAAGGAGAGAACGUGAGUUCAGGGCGGCAAUCAAAUUUGCUGCCAAAGCUGACCUAUGCAGUGAACAACUUGAUGUCCCCCAAGAAACUAUACCAGUUCUUGAUGUAGUUCUUAGAUCAACUCCAAAUAAUUAUGCUGUUGUGGGAAGGUCAUUCUUCCCUCCCAAAUUGGGUGAUACAGGUGAUCUUGGGGAUGGUUUAGAAUAUUGGAAAGGUUACUAUCAAAGCCUUCGCCCAACACAAAUGGGUCUUUCCCUUAAUAUUGAUAUCUCAGCAACAGCAUUCUAUGAACCCGUUCUAGUUUCUGACUUUGUUGCAAGAUAUUGCAAUGUUAGAGAUUUAAGAAGGCCUUUGUCUGAUCAAGAUCGCCUUAAGGUUCACUUUUUGGUGAUACACGUACACAAACGUCAGUUGUGAAAUACUUUUCAACGAGAAAUAUGACACCACCCUUAACUUCACGGCCCUGCCUGCGCUUCAAGCUAGCAGUGAUCCACGCCUAUCUACCUACCGAUGGAGGUUUCCUCAAUUUAUGAACAAUCUAAAGUUUUGUUUCAUUUGAGUCAUUGUUGCUUCUUCUUGUAGUAUCAUCAACUUGC